AUGUCCAUUGAGGAAGUGGUAGCAGAGCUGGAAAAGGCCAACCGCCAUUUUGCUGGCGAGGAUCUUUGGAGGCUCAACACGGCCAUCUUCAAUUGUGCCGACGAGAAUGAGGUCACCACGCAGCUUGCUAGCCGAAUUUUCCAAGUGGUCACGAACAUGCGAAAAGAAUACCAGUCCGGGCAGUUCUAUGCCAGUGACCAGGGCAACUACCUGGCGUUGCUGGGCACGCUGCAGAACCAGGACUAUUUCGCCUCUCGACAGUCUGCUACUUUACGUGGCUGGAUCGCUGAAGCUCUUGGUGCGGGUCGCGAGGGCAAGGGCCAGACCCAGACAUCCAAGGACAACGGCCUGACACGAGCAGACGCUCAGAGAUUGCGAAAGUUGGAGGCCAGCAGAGAGGCCCUGGCUGCAGAACUCCGAGAGCUUCGUUCCUUGCGCUCUGCCGUCCAAUCCUUCACAUCUUUUGAUACAUCAGCUAUCGGAAGAGGAAGAGAGAAAGAAAAGCCCAAGCAGCAGGAGAAGACAAAGGAUGCAGGUACAAAGCCUGAGAAAGAAGUUGCAAAGGCAAAGCCGGAAGCUCCCGGUUACCAGGUGAGGACCGACAUGGGCUGGAUUAGGUAUGACGACGAGUCCCAAGCAGUCCUGCGGACUGCCGCGGAGAAGGGGCAGGAAGAAUGUGAGAUCUUCGCUCAAGGCCAGUAUUACAAGAUUAGCCUCAAGCGAAUGGUCCAGAUCAAUCCUUCCACAGGAAAUGAACGGACUGUUCGCCUACAGGGCGAGGCCCCUCGCGGUCCGGAGAUGCCAAAGUUGAACUUUAAGCGCCUUAUAGUCGAGUUCAAGCAGGUGGAGUCUUGCAUAGCUGCUGGCGAAGUGCCAAGCUUUCACAGAUGUGAGCCUGUUGAUGACAAUCUCAUGGAGUGGGAGGUGGAGAUGUCGUUCCCUGCGGACUCAGCUCUGCAGAAAAGCUUGGAAAAUCUUGCUGCCAGCAUGUUCGACAACAGCUUGAACAAGCUAACGUUGUGCAUACGUUUCCCCGUGGAGUUUCCCAUGAGUCCACCGGAAGUUUGGGUACGGCGGCCACGCAUGCGAUAUCGAUCUGGUCAGUCAGGUCCGGUCACCUUUGGUGGCCGCGUUUGCAGUAUGCUUCUGGCAUCUGCGGGCUGGCAGCCGGGGACCUCCAUGCUCGCCGUACUCAAAGAGGUGCAGCAAAGCCUGGUGGAGUCUGGUAUCGAGGCCAACACCACCGUCAGCAUCAAAAAGGAAUAUCCAAAAGCUGCCAUCCAACUGCAGCGUCUAAACACAGAGCUUUUUCCCACGGUCAAUGGCUUCUGUCGGGAUGGCAUGACGGCCAUUUCCCCCCUCGAAGCUUCGGCCUUCCUGGGCGACCUCUCCAGGCUUGAGGCCACCGACAAGAUCGGGUUGCCUUUCGCUUAUGCGAAUGACAUUUACCAACGUGCUGAAUUGGGCGCGGAAUUGGUUUUGCCCAUGGUCUUUGAGCUUAAAACACUUCUGGGGCGAAAGACUCAUUGUGCGAUCUUUGAGUUCAUAGAUGGUUUGCCGGAGAACCACGUACUGAUCCCAAAGUGGGUUAUGGAGGACCUCGCGAUCGAUGAGCGAGAACCCUUGAGGGUGCGGGGUGUCUCUCUCGAUCUUGUCACUGCCGUGAAGGUUCAACCGCACAGCGUGGACUUCUACCAAGCUGUUCGGGACAGUGGUCGCGAUGUGCGGGAGCUGCUCACAGAGUCCCUUUCACGCUUCAGCACGCUUACCGAGGACACCGCGGUGCCCAUUGAGGUGAGCGGCAGGCUCUAUGAGGUGCAGGUGAACACAGUGGAGCCGCAUGGUGCCGUUCGCAUCAUUGACAUGGAUGUACAGCAUCACUUUGAGUUCAAGGUGGAGUUCGAGCCUGCUCCUGAUCUGGAGGAUGAAGCAGCUACAAAGGAGUUCCAGGAUCGAGCUCUCCAAUCUUUGAAGCUGCGCCGGGAGCGCUCGGCUGCUGGGCGUCAGGAGAUAGAAGACCGUCGGCGCGAAGCUCGACAGAAGCGCUACGAGGACUUGGUGUCGUCCGCGUCCGCGAAAGCAACAUCCGAGAGCAGUGAUGGCACGGUGGAAAUCGGCCUCAGGAUGCCCGAUGGGUCACAGCUUAAAGGCAAGUUCCACGAGGGUGCGCCGGUGGCCUGCUUGAUGCUGGCGGCCUUAGAGAGUUCGUGGGCCAAAGCAGCACUGCCUUGGGGCGUUUACCUCCGCAUGGCUUUCCCGAAGAAGGUGCUAACGAGUGACGAUGUCAUCGGAAAAGAUUUUCACAGGAGCACGCUCAGCGUGCAGGAAGAGCAGGCACCGGAGAAGGAUGAGGAGUUGUUUGCCGUUCUUCGCGAUGCGCCGUCGCCAAAAAAGUCCAGAGCUGCGGGUACGAUGCCCGAGGAACUAGCGCCAUUGCCAGUGCCGGAGCGGGACGAAAGCGAACUGUUGUCGAGGACGCAGCGUGCCUUCGAGAUGCAGCGCUUCCUGCGCGCCGGUUUCAGCCUGGAGGAGGCCGAGCAGAAGUUCCAGGCAGGAGAGAUCUUGCCGCCGACAGCAGCAUCCAGGCGCCCGGAGCCACGACCACCAGGAGCUUUGCCGGGGUCAUCGCCCAAGGGAGCCACUUCGCCGGCGGAGGAUGCGAAAGAAGAAGACGAGAAGGAGAAGCGCAUCGAGGCUGUCGUGGCCUUUACUGGGGCCGACCGGGAAGUGGCGAAGAAAGCCUUGGAGGACAAUCAGUGGAUUGAGGAGCUGGCUGUCAACAGCGUGCUCGACUCCCUCGACCAAAGUUGA